UUUGACAAUGGUGAAAGGAGGGGGGAAUGUGACUACGCCACUUUCAAAGUCUUUAACUAUCCUUUUUCUUAUAUUAGCUGUAUAUAUGUGUAGUACCGAGUUGUAUAUAAGGAAAGGAAUAUUUAAGAACACAUCGAGUUCCGUUCCACUCAGUUUCUUCCCUAGUUACUAUGAUGAAAACUUGCUGGAAGCUGAACCUAGUUUUACAACGGAUGAACCUCUCAACAUUUCUCUCUUAUGGUUAGCUCCUUUCAAAAGUGGUUCGGGUUAUGGUAUAGAAGCAACAGGUUUUGUCCAAUCAAUCGAAAGUGAUAUAUCUCAUUUGAAUAUUUUCCAGUGGGGUGAAUUUGAAAGCGCGAGUUAUUUAAACACGUUGGAUAGAGAUACUCGUGGACUUCUCGAUCGUUUAUGGAGUGCAACAAGCCAAGUACAACCAUUAGUGAACUAUUUACAAGCUGCAGCAGAUGGCUCACUUCCUAUCAACUCUCAAGAACCUUCCAAAAAGUUCGAUAUUUUGAUUGCUCAUAUUCAUCCUGGAGGAUGGCUUGAUCAGUUGAAAGAAAUGGGCCAGUAUCGAAUUGGAAGAACCAUGUUUGAAACGGACAGAAUUCCAGAUGGUUGGAUCGAUCGUUUUUAUUCCACUAUGCAUGAAUUGUGGGUUCCUAGUAGUUUUACACAAAAUCAAUUUAUAGCUGCUGGUUUAGAACCUUCUCGAAUUCAGGUUAUUCCGCAACCAUUAGAACGUUUUUUAUUUCACACUUGUAAUCAAUCCCUUCAUGAGCCAACUUUUGUAGUUCCUAAAGCUUGGCGCUCUACUUUCCACACAUGUCAUGAAGAUGACUUUGUAUUUCUUUCCAUUUUCAAAUGGGAGCCACGAAAAGGAGUUGAGUUCCUAUUGGAUGCAUAUUUUCAUGAAUUCCGAUCCACCGAUCAUGUCUGUUUGGUGAUAUUGACCAGUUUUCGACAGGUUACUGAAAGUCAAACAACUAUCGAUCAUUUGGUGGAAUCCAUUGCUAGAAAUAUUUCAUCUCAGUUUCCCAGAUAUUGGCUUAUUCCUUCCACUGUAUCUCCUAAUGAUAUGGCAUCUUUGUAUUUAUCAGCAGAUGCGUUUGUUUUACCUAGUAGAGGUGAAGGUUGGGGUCGACCUUUGAUGGAAGCCAUGGCUUGUGGUUUACCAACAACUCUUUUCCUAUUCCAGUUGAAAAGUGGGAUCGUAUUCAUCCGGGACAAGGUUUAGAUGAACCUUUUUGGGGACACUUCUGGGCAGUGCCUGAU